ACAAACGCUUCACUGCGUCCAUUUAUAGCCUCGCGGUGACAAACAAUCUUAUUAUGAGAUUUAAACUUUGCCUCGGCGGCGAGUCUAGAGGAUCAGCGCGCGCUCCUCGCACUUGUCCGACUGAGACCGUGAGCUCUACCUACACCCACUCCACUCCACUCGUGUAACACGCCUCCUCUGACUGUGGUCAAACGCUGCUGUUGUGACAGACAGACAGAAAGAAAGAAAAAGAAGGAGAAGCAGGGAUCUGGGUCUGAUCAGCGCAGACGGAGCGCUGAGAGGAGGAAGAGCUCAGUCCUGAAUUAAAUCAUUCACGGCUAAAUGGAUCUUUGAGACUCUCCCUUGACUGACGCAGUGAACCGCUGCUCUUUGCAAAAAGCAAAAACUGGGAUUCUUUCGUUUCUUUUCUUGUUCUGUUUUUUGUACACGUUUCAUGUUCUGAGAUCGAACAGAGAGAAGACGAAGAAAACAAAACACACGAAACAUUUCCCCCCGUCUCUUUGAAAAUGCCCUGCUGUGCUCGUGGUGACAUACAGUGAGUGAGCUGCCAGCUCGAGGAGAAAGAAGCUCCUGCUCCGGGAUCGUCAAGCAGAGUUCAAGACAAGAACCUCCAGAACAUCCGUACAGCUGGAAGACACCAGGGAUGCUCUCUCUCGCUGAGCACUUGAGCCUGGAGUACAGAGGUUAUUCCUCCAUGCACACGAGGGAGACGCAGCGAGGAGGACACUUGCAGAAAAAAUAAGAUGAGAUCAUUAAAUGAUGGUAACCUCUAAGGAGAUAAGCACAAGCCAACCUGAGGUGGUGAAAGCUCUAUUAGACCACACCGCCACAACUUCACUGCAGAAACACCUUAAUGAAAGAAAAGCAGUAUAAAGGCAUAUACUCCACAUUUUUCUGACUGUUACAUGGUGACAACACCAUCCAUCAAUGAAGAGGAGGCUAAUAAAAGGACUGUUUCUGGCCCUGAAAACAGUUAAACACCCAGCUGUUUUUCCAACAGGAUCAUCUCAGCUGUACUAAAACCACAGCGGCAUCACCCUCUUAUCAUUUUCUGGCCCUGCACAUUACUCUCAGUGAAGCACCAAUGGCCUGCAGCUUAGGCAUGGUGAUGAGUGCCUUGUUUUGGUCUGUAGCCAUUGUAUAUUUUACUCAUGUUGGCAGAGUCAGAGGAGACUGCUGGUUAAUUGAGGGUGAAAAGGGCUUUGUAUGGCUUGCAAUUUGUAGCCAAAACCAACCACCUUAUGAGGCCAUCCCACAGCAUAUCAAUAGCACCAUUGUGGACCUUCGUUUGAAUGAAAACAAAAUCAAAAGCAUCCAUUAUUCUGCUCUUAGCCGCUUUGCCAACUUGACCUACCUGAACCUGACAAAGAAUGAAAUCUCCUACAUAGAGGAUGGGGCCUUUUCUGCUCAAUUUAACCUGCAAGUCCUUCAAAUGGGCUUCAACAAGUUGAGGAACCUGACAGAGGGAAUCCUCAGGGGUUUAGGAAAGCUGCAAUACCUCUACCUCCAGGCAAACCUGAUAGAGACUGUGACACCCAAUGCCUUUUGGGAAUGCCCCAACAUAGAGAACAUUGACCUUUCUAUGAACCGUAUCCAGCAGUUAGAUGGGUCCACGUUUACUAGUCUAACUAAACUGACCACCUGUGAGCUGUACACCAACCCUUUCAACUGCUCGUGUGAAUUAUAUGGUUUUGUCAAAUGGCUCUCAGUUUUCCCAAACAGGACAAACGAGCGGAUGGCCUGUAACUCCCCACCGGGUGUCUCUGGUUAUAGUUUACUGAGCCAGAAUCCAAACAAUCCAACAUAUCGAAAUGCGCUUCACAUGCUCACAACGGUGUGUACUGAUGAUAAUGUGACAACAUUUAUUGCUCUGCCCACUGAGUCACCAACACCCCCACCAGACGCAACACUUUGUGGGCUGGAAGAUUGUCCAUCAGGCACUGAGCCUGAUGACAUUACCAUCAGUUCAACCUACAGCAGUGUGGAAGUCACUCCUCUGAUGAAAGUGAAGCAAGUGUCGAAUACAGGCGCCGUCAUCACAGUUCAGAUUCCUAAUCCUUUCAAAAAGAUGUACACCCUUGUUCUGUACAACAACAGUUUCUUCACAGAUAUCCAAACUCUUGCCGAAGAAAAGAAGGAUAUUGAGCUGAAAAACCUUAAACCCCAUACCAACUACACGUACUGUGUCGCUUCAGUGCGUAACUCUCUAAGACACAACCACACCUGUCUGACAGUCACUACUGGCCCUCGUAUUGAAAAUGACAGAGCUGUAAAUAACGCAACUGCUACUCAUUACAUUAUGACAAUCUUAGGCUGCCUCUUCAGCAUGGUGAUUUUUCUCGGGGUGGUCUACUACUGUUUGCGAAGAAAGCGUCAGCAAGAUGAAAAGCACAAAAAAUCAAGCAGCCUGAAGAAAAAUAUCAUGGAACUCAAAUAUGGUCAAGAACUGGAGGGGGGGAAUGUUUCUCGAAUGUCUCAGAAGCAGUUGUUGGCUGGGGAGAGUAUGGCACGCAUGCCAUAUUUACCAUCCGCCGGGGAAAUGGAGCAAUACAAAUUUCAAGAGAUAAGUGAAACUCCUAAAAUGAUGAAGGGUAAUUACAUGGAGGUGCGCAGUGUGGAACACCAUGAACGCAGGGAAUGUGACAUGGGAAUGGCUGGGAAUAGCCAAGGAUCCGUGGCAGAAAUUUCCACCAUUGCAAAAGAGGUGGAUAAAGUUAACCAGAUAAUUAACAACUGCAUUGAUGCUCUAAAGUCGGAAUCCACCUCUUUCCAAGGGGUGAAAUCUGGAGCAGUGUCCACAGCAGAGCCUCAGCUCGUACUUUUAUCAGAACACCCACAGAAUAAAUCUGGCCUUCUGUCCCCAGUAUACCAGGACAGCUAUCACCACUCUCUGCAGAGGCAUCGGACCUCUAAUGUCUCACCAAAGAGGCCCAGUACUGCCACCGGAGGGCCCAUGCGAAGCCCCAGGCCUUAUCGCUCUGAAUCCAAGUACAUAGAAAAAACCUCCCCAACAGGAGAGACCAUCCUCACUGUCACACCUACUGCCAACAUGCUGAGGGCCGAAGCGGAGAAGAUCCGUCAAUACAGUGAUCACCGGCACUCGUAUCCCGAUGCUCAGAUAGAGGAGCUUGAAGGACCCGAUGGUCACAAAUCCUCUAUGUUGGAGCCUCUUACCCACUCCCGCUCCAGAGACUUAGCAUAUUCUCAGCUGUCAUCUCAGUAUCACAACCUCAGCUACUCCUCCAGUCCUGAGUACUACUGCAAACCUUCACACAGCAUCUGGGAGCGUUUCAAACUCCACCGGAAACGGCACAAAGACGAGGAGUACAUGGCUGCAGGGCAUGCACUGCGUAAGAAAGUCCAGUUUGCUAAGGAUGAGGACCUGCAUGACAUUUUAGACUACUGGAAAGGUGUGUCAUCCCAACAAAAACCAUAAACCUCUUUAGGUGUUUUUAAAAUCAAUGGACCACACGUUGCAGAAAUGACACAAGAACUUCAUGUGACAAUUGAAUCAAUGGAACCAUAUUAUAUUCAACUACUCACACGUGUGUAUAAAAUUCCUUUCCUUUUUUUGACUGUGAGAAUAAUGGGGUAAACAUUCUUUAAAUUUGUCAUAUUAUGUAAAGCAUCCGAAGGGAAAACUUUUAUCUAUUAAAGAGAAAAUAUAUAUUGCAAAUUAAUAAUAUAUAUGUUACAAUGGAUUAUGGGUUUUUGGGUAUCGCAUGGCCAAGUCCUGUGACAGUGGAUUUGCUGUUGUGUAAUAUGAAACUACUUUAUGAAGAUAUGUCUGAUGAAACCUCAAUAUUUUCUGAUGAACUAUCUGGACCUUUCAUUUGGGAAAGAACUUUUUGUUUUUAAUUCCCGCCCCAAACUAUGUACAGAUAUGGGUUUCUAUAUUUGCAUUGUCUGCUGUGUAAAUGGAAACAUAUUAGUGGAUGAGCCAGGUUUAUCAGAUGGAGCGCUGUCGAGUUAGAGUGUUGUGUUGCUAAGAAUGGCAUGUCCCACUUAGACCUGUGAAUUUUUUAACCUUCACCACCUGUUUUGUUUUUUCUAAUUACUCUCAUUCUUCUCCAAGCUUUUUCAGAAGAUACAGAUGGAUUCAGUUUUAAAGUCCCCCCCUUUGUCACUCAACACAAUUUUCACUGGACGGUUUCCUGGAAGACUUGUUACAGACGAGUUGCGGCACAUCACUGGCCGCAAUAAAGCUCCGUCAUCGGUUUAGCGAACCUCCAUUUGUAUCUUUAGAACCAAAGUAGAACAAGCUGAAAUGUUUACACUUAUCUCUGCACGGUCUGGGAAUCGUACAGCAGUCGGUCCAUGUCGACCUUCUCUUUUUUUAUUGUAUCAGUUACUUCUUUAAAAGGUGAACAACAUUGGGUAACAAUAACAUCCACACACACACACACAACGUGGUAUUGGAAGCGUAUUAUUAAUCACUCAAACUUCGAGGGGAAAGCAGCUGUACUUCGUCGCCUGUUCUUCAGGUGAAUGGCUGCUCUUCUCUGCAGGAGAGCCCGAUGGAUGAAUGUAACAGAUACAUAUUCUGAUCUGUCUAUGGCAGCUUUUAUGUAUAUUUUCAAGGAAGUAUUUAUUUAUUGCAAUUGCUGACUGUUUGUUUUUAUUGUUCUUUGCUUUAAUAUUUCUUCCAGUGUAUUAUAUUGCAUAAUAUUCGAUCAGAUUAAUGGAGGAGAGCAGUUUGUUAUUCAGCUGGGCCUUGUUGCUUGCUGAGAGGUUUCAUUUUCAUUUUUAACUGCUAGGCCCUUAAAUCUUUUGUAUAUUAUGAAAGCUGCGUACCAGACGAAUAUCAACAUGCUAGAGUAAAAUUUGAGAAUGUGAAACUGAAUCCUCUGACUCACUGGCUGUGAAUUUGUACAACAUGACUUCUUUUUUUUAACAAAAAAUAAAUAUAUAGAAGACUUAAUGUUCUUUUUUUUUUCUCUCUUCACAAGUUGUUUAUAUAAUUUAUUCCAAACAGGCUCGUGAUGAUUUGUUGCAUAUUUAUGAAUGAACUUUUGUUUUAAUUUAGUUUGCAGUCUAGAAUGAUGGUUCAUAUAAGGUAGAAAUAAUACAAGGCUGAAGAUAUCGUCCAAUCAAGAGCAACAGUUGAUUGUGCUAAUUUUCCAGUUGGGUGCCAUUACAAUAGCGCCAGUAAAACCACAACUUCAUUAGAUCAAAACUGCUGUAAACAUGAUAGAAAUAUACCAUUUAACGUGUUUAACAUAUUAAACAAACUGCCUCCUCAAACUUUUUCAACUGCUUCCCAACGCGUUGGUCUUUCCACCACUGAACGCCAAUAAUAAAACCAAUUAGUUUUGCAUUGUGUUAAACACCAUAAAUACAACUUUGGCCGGACCCUGUAAGUAAACAACAAGCAUAAUUUCCUGAUAAUACACAUUUAUUUUUUUGUUGUUGUUUUUAAAGGAAUGAAUAAGAUACAACUAAUUUAAAGUGGGUACUGCAAUCCAAAUGAAAAAUAAACGGAUACACCACUGGCCCCACUUCCCUUCCUCCACAGACACUCAAGGUUGUUGGAAAGUUUAAGGAACCAAUUCUGCAUGACCCAAAAGGAUAGGUCUACAAGGAGCUCCACUUAUACCCCCUUUUUUCGACAUAAUACACAGACAAUUUGAGGACACAAGGGAUAGGGCAAGAUGAUCCGCUGUGGCAACCCCAAAAGGGAGAAGCCAAAAUAAUAAGUUACACAAACACAAUUUGCAGGCUGUAAAUGACAUAUUAAGUUGUGAAUAAACCAUCAGCGAAACUAAUAGUUGUAAUAGUAAAAAGACGUUUCCUUGUUAUCAUGGUCAUUUUAGGAUUUAAUACUACUUUUCUUACAUACACCACCUCCAACACCAGGUUAGCACUUGUUUGCUGCUUUUGAGUUGAUCACUUCACCUACAAGUGAGUAUCAAUGUCACAGAGUUAACAUUAAAUCCUUUGACAGAAAGAAAAACCCAUUAAAGCAGGACAGGAUGUUUCAGAAACACUAUGGUGCACUGAGCUAGAAGACAUGCCCCAAAAAAGGGACUUUUUCAAGUGGCAUACUUCUUUUUUUUUUUUUUUUUCACUGGGUUUUAACACUGCAUCCAUUUCAUGUAAGUGAGUCAUCGUGUGAUUAUUCAUUAAUGUGAUAUGAAGCAUUCAUGAGCCUGAUGGGAAUGUGUUAUGUAAGCACCUUGUAAAGUGUUAACUUGGUUGUCUGACUUAAUAUUUCAACCGCCUUAAGAUUUUGGGAUUUGUGUACAACUUGUAAAUUUCCUUUUGUUUUAUGUUGAUCCUGAGUCUCCAUUUCUUGUUAUUUUUUUAUAUACAUAUAUAUAUAUAUAAAAAAGAAAGCAUUUCACGAUCUCCUGGGGGCAGUCAGGUUUCUAGUUAAUUUAGCUAUUUAGCAACAUGUUUUUUAUACUGCAUAUUGUAGCACUUCCUCUGUGUCUAAUACAAGUUUAAAGUGUUGAGAAAAACCUUUAGAAAGAUCAACAGUUUGCUGUUCAAGUGCAUCAAAACAAACAAGAGCACAAAAAUGUCUUCAUUUCAUUUGAUUUUAUUUCUUAAUACUAUGUUAUCUGCUUUCAGACAAAGUACUGUGAAAUAAAGUUAAGGGUGCACAUACAGAUCA